ACACUUAGAAUUCGGGAGGAAGAAGAGAGAAGAGGAAGAAGCAUAGGUGUGGGAAGGACCUGAAACCGCCGCAGGGAGGCCAGGUGGAUAAUCUUGGCUGUUGCAAUCGUGGGUAUUUGUGCUGUGCAAUACUCUAAUCGCAGAACCAUGAGGAACACAGAAACCGCAACCAUGACAACCCACGUGACUCUGGAAGAUGCCCUGUCCAACGUGGACCUGCUGGAAGAGCUGCCCCUCCCUGACCAGCAGCCAUGCAUCGAGCCUCCACCUUCCUCCAUCAUGUACCAGGCUAACUUUGACACAAACUUCGAGGACAGGAAUGCCUUCGUCACAGGCAUUGCAAGGUACAUCGAGCAGGCCACGGUCCACUCCAGCAUGAAUGAAAUGCUGGAGGAAGGGCACGAGUAUGCCGUCAUGCUGUACACUUGGCGCAGCUGUUCCCGGGCCAUCCCCCAGGUCAAGUGCAACGAGCAGCCCAACCGAGUGGAGAUCUAUGAGAAGACCGUGGAGGUGCUGGAGCCAGAGGUCACCAAGCUCAUGAAGUUCAUGUACUUUCAGCGCAAGGCCAUCGAGCGCUUCUGUAGCGAGGUGAAGCGGCUGUGUCAUGCCGAACGGAGGAAGGACUUUGUCUCCGAAGCCUACCUCCUGACCCUGGGCAAGUUCAUCAACAUGUUCGCCGUCCUGGACGAGCUAAAGAAUAUGAAGUGCAGCGUCAAGAACGACCACUCUGCCUAUAAGAGGGCUGCCCAGUUCCUGAGGAAGAUGGCGGACCCCCAGUCUAUCCAGGAGUCGCAGAACCUGUCCAUGUUCCUGGCCAACCACAACAGGAUCACCCAGUGUCUCCAUCAGCAACUGGAAGUGAUCCCAGGCUACGAGGAGCUGCUGGCGGACAUUGUCAACAUCUGCGUGGACUACUAUGAGAACAAGAUGUACCUGACCCCCAGCGAGAAGCACAUGCUCCUCAAGGUAAUGGGUUUUGGUCUCUACCUGAUGGAUGGAAAUGUCAGUAACAUUUACAAACUGGAUGCCAAGAAGAGAAUCAACCUCAGCAAAAUCGAUAAAUUCUUUAAGCAGCUGCAGGUGGUGCCCCUUUUCGGCGACAUGCAGAUAGAGCUGGCCAGAUACAUUAAGACCAGUGCUCACUAUGAAGAGAACAAGUCCAAGUGGACCUGUACCCAGAGCAGCAUCAGCCCCCAGUACAACAUUUGUGAGCAGAUGGUUCAGAUCCGAGAUGACCACAUCCGCUUCAUCUCCGAACUCGCUCGCUACAGCAACAGUGAGGUGGUGACGGGCUCCGGGCUGGACAGCCAGAAGUCAGACGAGGAGUACCGCGAGCUCUUCGACCUGGCCCUGCGGGGCCUGCAGCUGCUGUCCAAGUGGAGCGCCCACGUCAUGGAGGUGUACUCCUGGAAGCUGGUUCACCCCACAGACAAGUUCUGUAACAAGGACUGCCCCGGCACAGCGGAGGAGUACGAGAGAGCCACGCGCUACAACUACACCAGCGAGGAGAAGUUCGCCUUCGUGGAGGUGAUCGCCAUGAUAAAAGGCCUGCAGGUGCUCAUGGGCAGGAUGGAGAGCGUCUUCAACCAGGCCAUCAGGAACACUAUCUACGCGGCGCUGCAGGACUUUGCCCAGGUGACACUGCGCGAGCCCCUGAGGCAGGCGGUGCGGAAGAAGAAGAACGUUCUCAUCAGUGUCCUGCAGGCGAUUCGGAAAACCAUCUGUGACUGGGAGGGGGGCCGAGAGCCCCCCAAUGACCCAUGCUUGAGAGGCGAGAAGGAUCCCAAAGGUGGAUUUGACAUCAAGGUGCCCCGGCGUGCCGUGGGCCCCUCCAGCACACAGCUGUACAUGGUGCGAACCAUGCUCGAAUCGCUCAUCGCGGACAAGAGCGGCUCCAAGAAGACCCUGAGGAGCAGCCUUGACGGCCCCAUUGUCCUCGCCAUAGAGGACUUCCACAAGCAGUCCUUCUUCUUCACGCACCUGCUCAACAUCAGCGAAGCCCUGCAGCAGUGCUGUGACCUCUCCCAGCUCUGGUUCCGCGAGUUCUUCCUGGAGUUGACCAUGGGCCGGCGAAUCCAGUUUCCUAUUGAGAUGUCCAUGCCCUGGAUCCUGACGGACCACAUCCUGGAAACCAAAGAGCCCUCCAUGAUGGAGUACGUCCUCUACCCAUUGGAUCUGUACAAUGACAGCGCCUACUAUGCGCUGACCAAGUUCAAAAAGCAGUUCCUGUAUGAUGAGAUCGAGGCCGAGGUGAACCUGUGUUUUGAUCAGUUUGUCUACAAGCUGGCGGACCAGAUCUUUGCUUACUACAAAGCCAUGGCUGGCAGCGUGCUGCUGGAUAAACGCUUCCGGGCCGAGUGUAAGAACUACGGCGUCAUCAUCCCGUACCCACCGUCCAACCGCUACGAGACGCUGCUGAAACAGAGACACGUGCAGCUCUUGGGGAGAUCAAUUGACUUGAACAGACUCAUCACUCAGCGCAUCUCCGCCGCCAUGUACAAGUCCUUGGACCAGGCCAUUAGCCGCUUUGAGAGUGAGGACCUGACCUCCAUUGUGGAGCUGGAGUGGCUGCUGGAGAUCAACCGGCUCACGCACCGACUGCUGUGCAAGCACAUGACCCUGGACAGCUUCGAUGCCAUGUUCCGGGAGGCCAAUCACAACGUGUCUGCCCCCUACGGCCGCAUCACUCUGCAUGUCUUCUGGGAGCUGAACUUCGACUUCCUCCCCAACUAUUGCUACAAUGGGUCCACCAACCGUUUUGUCCGAACUGCCAUUCCUUUCACCCAAGAACCUCAACGAGAUAAACCUGCCAAUGUCCAGCCUUAUUACCUCUACGGGUCCAAGCCUCUCAACAUCGCCUACAGCCACAUCUACAGCUCCUACAGGAACUUCGUGGGCCCCCCUCACUUCAAGACCAUCUGCAGGCUCCUGGGAUACCAGGGCAUCGCCGUGGUCAUGGAGGAGCUGCUGAAGAUCGUUAAGAGCUUGCUCCAAGGCACCAUUCUCCAGUAUGUGAAGACGCUCAUCGAGGUGAUGCCCAAGAUAUGCCGCUUGCCCCGGCAUGAGUAUGGCUCCCCAGGGAUCCUGGAGUUCUUCCACCACCAGCUGAAAGACAUCAUUGAGUACGCAGAGCUCAAAACAGAUGUGUUCCAGAGCCUGAGGGAAGUGGGCAAUGCCAUCCUCUUCUGCCUGCUCAUAGAGCAAGCUCUGUCUCAGGAGGAAGUCUGUGAUCUCCUCCACGCUGCACCCUUCCAAAAUAUCUUGCCAAGAAUCUACAUCAAAGAGGGGGAGCGACUGGAGGUCCGAAUGAAACGCCUGGAAGCCAAGUACGCCCCGCUUCACCUGGUCCCUCUGAUAGAGCGGCUGGGGACCCCUCAGCAAAUCGCCAUCGCUCGGGAGGGCGACCUGCUGACCAAGGAGCGGCUGUGCUGCGGCCUGUCCAUGUUCGAGGUCAUCCUGACCCGCAUUCGGAGCUACCUGCAGGACCCCAUCUGGCGGGGCCCGCCACCCACCAACGGGGUCAUGCACGUCGACGAGUGCGUGGAGUUCCACCGGCUGUGGAGUGCCAUGCAGUUCGUCUACUGCAUCCCCGUGGGGACCAACGAGUUCACAGCUGAGCAAUGUUUUGGUGAUGGCUUGAACUGGGCGGGCUGCUCCAUCAUCGUCCUGCUGGGCCAGCAGCGGCGCUUCGACCUGUUCGACUUCUGUUACCAUCUGCUGAAAGUACAGAGACAGGAUGGGAAGGAUGAAAUCAUUAAGAAUGUGCCCCUGAAGAAAAUGGCAGACAGGAUCAGGAAGUACCAGAUCUUGAACAAUGAGGUAUUUGCCAUCUUGAACAAGUACAUGAAGUCCGUGGAGACAGACAGUUCCACCGUGGAGCAUGUGCGCUGCUUCCAGCCACCCAUCCACCAGUCCCUGGCCACCACCUGCUAGGCAGAAGGUCCUGCAAACCCUCAGCCUGGAGGAGACGAAGCAGAGAAGAGAGAAAGCCACGGCCAGCCCUGCCACGGGGUCUGACUGGACAGCGCAUGAGAUGGACCAGGAAGCCUACGAGAACCUCCCCAAAUACAUGGACACCUCCUGAGGGCGGGGCCUGUGCAUGCUCUCCCCUGACAUCUCCAUGGCAGUUUGCCCUAGUAGAAAUGAAAAAACAAAACACAGGGCAGUGUGUGCUCUUUUUUCUUCCUUUUUUUCCUCAGCUGUGUUAAGAGCCCUAGUUUUACCCUUUCUCCUUGUCACCCCCCCAUUUGUGGUUGCUUCCCAAGACCUCCUCCCAAGAUGGGGACCUCCUACCCAG